GUACUGGAAAGAAAAAAAUUUCAGAUUGAUUUUUAUGGUCGUCUGAGUCUUGUCUGCGAUGAUAGUGAUCUUUUGGUGGGUUUUACGGCUGCAUUGUCUUGUAGAGAAUUGCAUCUUUAUGUAGAAAACAUUGUCAAUGAAGUUGAAGAGUCUGUUGAUAGUGAGUAUUGUUUGGGGAGUGACUCUGAAAAUGAUGAUGAGCUAUUUUAUCACCAUGUUGAUAAUGUAACUUCAGUUGAGCAUUCUGUUGAUGAGCUAUCUGGUGUGGGUAUAUCUGUUGAAAGACCAACAAGGGAAGAUGUUAGGGAUUUUGAUAUGGCUGGCUCAUCUAGAGAUUCUGAUAGGGAUUCUACUAAUAGUGAUGGGUUUCUGAGUAGUGAGGAUGACAUUGUGGAUGACAAAGAUGACUUUAAUGAGCAUAGGUUGUCUGAUGAUGAGGGAAAUGGUGAAUCAGCCCAUGUAUUUAAUGUUGCUCAGAUUUAUGAUCCCACCUUCAAACUUGGGAUGUUGUUUAGCAGCAGAGCUGAAUUCAAAAAAGCAGUCGAUUCUUAUGCUAUUAAGAUUAAAAGGACUCUGAAGUUUACUAAGAAUGAUAAGUACAGAGUUUAUGUGAAAUGUGGUUAUGAAGAUUGCCCUUGGAUGAUUAAUUUGAUUCAGGUGAAGGACUUAACCUCAUACAGGAUUCACAAAUUUCUUGAUGACCACAAUUGUCCUCCUACAUUUGAUGUAAAAAAUGUGAAAGCACCUUGGCUGACAGGUAGAUAUCUUGAUGAUUUCAAGACUGAUCCAAACAGAAAAGUGAAGCCAUGGAGGAGGGAAAUAGUUCACAAGCUUGGUUGCCAUGUUUCUAUGUUUCAGGCUUAUAGGGCUAGAAGAAAGGCAUUAAAGAUUGUGGAAGGGUGCCCUGACUAUCAAUUCACCAAAAUAGUUUCCUCAGGUUUCAUGUCAGUAUUUAUCGACCAUUUUGGCAACUCGUCAAGAGAUCUGUGUGCCUUAGUAAUCAGUCAGUAUAUCAUCAUGUGUUCAAUAAUUUUGAACUUUUUCAAUGUUCAGAUGCCGCCACGUAGGGAACCCGAUCAUCCGGCUCCUACUCAGGCUACAGUGGUCGCCCAGUUCCGCGACUACCAUGCCGAGAAGUUCUCAGGGCAGGGAGAUCCUCGCGUAGUUGACGAGUGGAUUCAGGGCCUGGAGUUUAUCUUCGAGGUCAUGGAGUGUCCUGAGAGAUAUCGCGUCAUUUGCGCUCAGCUUCAGCUCACCGGGGAUGCCAGGCUCUGGUGGAACGCUUACUGGGGCAUGCGUCCCGGUGAGAAGGCGGGAUGUACGUGGGAGAUGUUCAGGGAUUUAAUCCGCGAGAAGUACUAUCCCACUUACUACCAAGCAGAGAUGGAGCGUCAGUUUCUAUCGCUCCAGCAGGGUACUCGUACUGUCGACGAGUACGAGAGGGAGUUCACGAGACUUGCAGCUUUUAUUCCUGAUUUGGUCUGCACGGAGGCCCAGCGAGCGCAGCUCGCCCAGUUCCGCGACUAUCACACAGAGAAGUUUUCAGGUCAGGGCGACCCUCGUAUCGUUGAUGAAUGGAUUCAGGGGUUGGAGUUUAUCUUUGAGGUUAUGGAAUGCCCCGAUAGAUAUCGCGUAGUUUGCGCUCAGCUUCAGCUCACUGGCGAUGCGAGGCUCUGGUGGAACGCCUACUGGAGCAUGCGUCCCGGUGAAAAGGCGGGUUGUACAUGGGACAUGUUCAAGGAUCUAGUCCGCGACAAGUACUACCCUUCCUAUUAUCGGGCAGAGAUGGAGCGCCAGUUCUUAGCGCUUCAACAGGGCACUCGUACUGUCGAUGAGUACCAGCGUGAGUUCACCAGACUUGCAGGUUUCGCACCGGAUCUUGUUCGCACGGAGGCCCAGAGAGCUCAGCGGUUUAUUGACGGACUUUACCCAGCAGUCCGUCAUAACAUUGUGGGACACGGGACACAGACGUAUGCACGAGCAGUCUCUAUCGCCCAGGAGGUUGACGUUAGCAUCAGGAGGGAGGCCGUUCGUGAUCGUGCUCAUCCAUCUGCCCCAGCUCAGCCAUUUGCAGCUCCACCAGCUCUACCAGCUCCUCAGCCAGCAAAGGAGAAGAAGAGGAAGGCAAAGGGUGCACAGACUGACCGGAGGACCCGACAGAGACAGAUUCCACCAUGCGCGACUUGUGGUCGACUUCACAGGGGAGAGUGUCGUGCUGGACAGGACAUCUGUUACUUUUGCCAGGAGCCGGGACACUUUGCGAGUCGAUGCCCGAAGAAACUCCAGCAGCAGCCUCAGCAGCCCCCACAGCAGCAGCAGCCACGACAGCAGGCACAGAGACCGCAGCAGCAGCAGCAGCAGCAGCAGGGCAGGCAGCAGGCCAGGGUCUACGCGGUCGAUCAGGCGGAGGCAGCACAGCAACCAGGUACCAUGGCCGGGAUGGUAGUUCUCAAUGAUAUUCCUGUGUUUGCGUUAUUCGAUACCGGAGCAACGCAUACCUUUAUUUCACGACGGUGUCUCGACGCCAUCGGAGCUUACGCGGUUACCGCUGUCGAUCCUCUCGAGGUGAGCUUAGCCUCGGGACGGAAGAUAGUGACUUCAGCUAAAGUUUCAGACCUUAGCCUUUCCAUCGGUGGCCGAGUAUUGACCGCCGACGCGUUCGUUCUCGAGAUGAAGGAUUUCGAUCUUAUUCUCGGGAUGGAUUGGCUAUCUUUCUAUCAUGUGGACAUCAGGUGCCAUGACCGGGAGAUUACUCUCUAUCUUCCGGGAGACGAGUCGAUUACUUUCUUCGGCUCCAAGAACCGUUCACUGCCUCAUGUUAUAUCGAUGGCGAAAGCCACUAAGUUAUUGCGACGAGGCAACUGCCAGGGUUACCUGGUAAGCCUUGUUGAGGAUUCUCAGAAAGCGCGGACACCUCAUGAUGUUCCUAUCGUUCGCGAGUUUGUUGAC